AUGAAUGAAUUCCUGUCUGGCGCUUCCAAGUCCUCCCGCCUUCUCGACCUCCCCGCCGAACUCCGCCUCCGCAUCUACGAGCACGCAUUGACCGCACCUGACAAGGCCAUCCGGAUAUACUACUCGUACCAGAAAGACCGCGUCAAGCCAGGCCUUGUCUUGCCACUGCUGCGCACCUGCCAGCAGGUCCACGCCGAAGCUCUAGAGGUUCUGUACGAGAACACCGUCUUUGUCCAUGCCAAUGCCAACCGUAUCGGUUAUCCCAUCAUCGGCUCCAGCCAACUACCGCCUCCAGCACUAGCCAACCUCCGUCACCUCUUCAUCGUGCUCGACGUCAGCGACCCGCCUCAGCUCGCCGACGACGAUUACAUCGACUUCCGCCCCUUCCAAGCCAUGGUCCGCCUGCGCCGCUUGCGCAUCGCCGCGGUGGAUGAGCCUGAGGAGCUUGAAAGCCUCGAGGGUUGGACCGACCUCUUGUCUCAUAUCAUCGAACGCAUUCCAUCGACUUGCAAGCUGGAGUAUGGCACCAGCAAUGACGAUGAGAAGCACUUCACCGCCCGCUACUGCUAUUCCCUUGGCACCCUAACCACUUCUGAAGUUCCAGGGAAUCUACUGAUGCGGGCUGCUGCCUAUUCUCAGGCUCAGCAGGGCUGCAAGUCGGGAUCGGACGUCGACUGGCGGGAUUCCGCGGUGGUCUCUCCCAGCACCUUGGAUGAAGUGAGAACUUGGUGA